GUAUCGCUUUUAUGUUGUAUUUCCGUUGUGUAGGAGAACCUCGUGUGGUGCUGUCAUAUGUAAAACGUAAACUCUGUUGGAGGCUAUGUGUCUGUUGUUAGUAAUAUAAAGUCCACAGUUUCCACGUUAUCAUGCCCCGUGGGGUUUCAUCACCUCGCUUCCUGAUACUGUACGGGUCGCAGAAAGGUCAAGCUCAGUCCAUAGCUGAGCAGCUCGCCGAUCAGGCCGCCGAGCAUGGCUUUGAGGCAGAGGUCAGCUGCCUGAGCCAAGGGGACAAGUACAACUUGGAGACAGAACACAACCCUGUGGUUUUUGUCGUUUCCACGACGGGAGAUGGUGAACCUCCAGACACUGCCCUGAAAUUUGUCAGGAGCAUCAAGAAGAAAUCUCUGCCCCGUGAUCACUUCUCUCAUCUGCACUACGCACUGUUGGCUUUGGGGGACACCAAUUAUACAGAUUUCUGCAACUGUGGAAAAACCAUUGACAGACGUCUACAGGAACUUGGCGCAAAUCAUUUCUACGAAACUGGUCUUGCUGAUGAUGGUACAGGGCUGGAAGUCGUGUUGGACCCGUGGAUCGAUGGACUUUGGGACGCACUAAAGAAGAUAUUUGCCAAAAUGUCUGCCUCCGAUCUCAUUAGUGGCAUUUCUCUGAGCGAUGGUCCUCAAUCGGUGGCCGUACAGGUGAAACUCGAGUCGACCGCACAAAGCCUUCAGCUGCUGGAUAUUAGUGAUGUCGAUGCAGGGGAAUUCAAACCGGAAUCUGAAACUGAGAGCCUGGAUGCAGAAACUCCUUUGGAGGCGUCUUUGAAUCGAUCCAUAGCUCCGUUCGCUCAGUCCUCACUCAGCAUCCCUGCACUUCCCCCAUCUUACCUAGAGGUGUGUUUUGGGGAUGUGCCUACUGGAGAGGAGGAAGCUCAUGUUGUUGCACGAGGCUUUCGCGAAGUGCCGAUUUCAAGAGCAGUCUGUUUAACUCGAGAUGAUGCGGUGAAACCUGCCAUCCUGCUGGAGCUCGAUAUAAAGAAUGAGAGUGUUUCUUACCAGCCGGGCGAUGCGUUUGACCUCCUCUGUCCAAACAGAGAGACGGAAGUGGAGGACUUGCUUCACAGACUGAGUCUACAUGACAAAAAGAAUCAUUCUGUUCACCUGCAGCUGCUCAAAACCACCAAAAAGAAGGGAGCACGAGUUCCUCCCUACAUCACAGAAAAGUGUACUCUACAGUAUCUUUUGACCUGGUGCUUGGAGAUAAGGAGUAUACCCAAAAAGGCUUUUCUGCGAUCUCUGGUGGACUGCACGCAGCAAGCUCAGGAGAAGAGACGACUCCAGGAGUUGUGUAGCCGCGAGGGGGCUGCAGAUUAUGACCGAUUUGUGAGAAAACCCAGCUUGUGUAUACUGGACCUUUUGCGUGCUUUUCCCUCCUGCACGCCUCCUCUCAGCCUCCUCAUUGAGCAUUUACCGAAGCUGCAGCCGAGAGCGUACUCAGCCGCGAGCUCGAGUCUGCGCCACCCUGGAAAGGUCCAUAUCGUGUUCAGCGUCGUGAGGUUUCCAGCAUGUGCCGAGCAUCCAGAGAGGACGGGAUUGUGUACAGGAUGGCUAGCGGAUCGUGUGUCUACCAUCAUCGAGCCCUGUGGGACAAAACAGCCUUCACGAGAGAGUGUAGAUUAUGCAGCCUUACCCAAGGUCCACAUUAGUCCUCGUCUCAACAACACCUUCCGCUUGCCCUCUGACCCCACAGUUCCUAUGGUGAUGGUAGGACCAGGGUCAGGUGUUGCACCCUUCAUAGGCUUCCUUCAGCAAAGGGAAAAGGAGCGAGAGGGAAAUCAGGACGGUGCUUUCGGUGAGACCUGGCUCUUCUUCGGCUGCAGGCAUAAAGACAGAGACUUCAUCUUCAGAGAGGAGUUGGAAAGGUUUGCGGAGAACAAAACACUGAGCCAUUUGAAAGUGUGUUUCUCUCGAGCCGAGCUGGACAGAAGUGGUUCCGAAGCCAAACCCAAAUACGUCCAGCAUAACCUACUCCUUCAUGCCGAGCACAUCGCCCGCAUUCUGCUCAAAGAAAACGGCUGUCUCUACGUCUGUGGAGAUGCUAAGAACAUGGCAAAAGAUGUGAACGAUACUCUGAUGGAGAUCGUAGGGGCGGGGCUUCAGGUGGAUAAACUGGAGUCUAUGAAGACCAUAGCGAAACUGCGAGAGGAGAAACGAUACCUGCAGGAUAUCUGGAGCUGAAGAGAGAAAUUCACAAGGCUCUGGGUUUGAAGAAUCUCAUUGCGUUUGCCUGUAGUGGAGAUAUAUAUUAUAUAAUAUAUUAAAUAUAUUAACAUUUCAAAGGAUUUAACUGCGCAAUCCCAUCAACGACAACAGACCAGACAUGUGCCAAUGAAUUUUGUUAUCACGGCAGCUACCUAACACAUUGGAGUAGGGUGUUGUCAUAUUGUGAAUUAAAAAUAGUGCAAAAAAGACGCAUUCGAUGCUGUCUUCAUCUCAGUUGUAGAGAACGCUGUCCCAAAAAAAAAUCAGCCGGUAAUAUUGUGUGAUUUAAAUAUCUAAUUAUACUGUAUACAAGACAGACCGGUCUGUGCCUUUUAUGCAUUUUAAUGACUGACAGUGGCAUCUUUUGAUUUGGAAUUUAUAGGUCAUAAAAUAUAGUAUAUAUGCAUAUAAUGAAUCAGAUAUUGACAGAUUUAUUCCAGAUGUGUAGAACAACUGUGACUCUGAAUAUACCAUUGGUUCCCAUCUGGGUUUUUAUUGUUGUUGUUGUUGUUUUUUUUUAAAUCCAAAUUUUGUGAUUUCUUUUGCCACAUAGUCUAUUUUAAAAUGCCUCUCAAUGCUGCAGGGAUCUUUUUAUCCCUUACAAAAUUCACAUUCUCUCUUCUGAUUAAAUAUAUACUGUAUGUGA